AUCGAUUUCUUCAGCCUUUCAAUCAUGCCACAUACAGGUCAAGCUGGUGUCAAUCAAUUGGGCGGCGUCUUUGUCAAUGGACGUCCCCUGCCGGACUGCGUCCGCCGCCGGAUCGUGGAUCUGGCCCUGUGCGGCGUCCGGCCCUGUGAUAUCUCCCGCCAGCUGCUGGUCUCUCAUGGUUGCGUUUCCAAAAUACUGACGCGAUUCUACGAGACGGGCUCCAUACGACCGGGAUCCAUUGGUGGCAGCAAGACCAAGCAAGUGGCCACGCCCACAGUCGUGAAGAAGAUCAUCCGCUUGAAGGAGGAGAACAGUGGCAUGUUCGCGUGGGAGAUCCGGGAGCAGCUGCAGCAGCAGCGCGUCUGCGAUCCCAGCUCCGUGCCGUCCAUCAGCUCCAUCAACCGCAUCCUGCGCAACAGCGGCCUCUGGACGGACGAGAUGACCUCCAGCCAGCAGAAUGCGGCGGCUGCCGCUGCAGCGGCGGCGGCCCAUCAGGCGGCAGGCGGAGGACCGGGUGGACCAGGAGCUGGCUAUGCCACGCCCUCGCAGCUCUACGGAGGCCCCAAUAACAACAACAACAACAACAGCCACUCGCCCAAGACACAGACACCAGCGGUCACCAAUGCCCCGCCCUCGGCAACAGCCACGCCCACCGGCGGACGUUACGCAAAGCACCCAUCGAUGAUGAUGACCCCCGCCGGAGGGGAGCUACCGCUUAAGCCCGCUCCCAAGCUGCCACCCAGUCAUGGACAUGGACAUGGACACGGACACGGACAUGGACACGGUCUGAGUGCGAGCGUGUCUGGUGGGGGGAUGUCGGUGUCCAGCCAGCUGGGGGGCCUGGAUCUCAGCUACUCGGCCCUGCACAAGCACUGGCUGUGGAACCCCUCGCUGCUGUACUACACGCAGGCGCACAUGCAGGCCCAGGCGGCCGCCACGGGGGCCCAGUUCCUGCCCUACGGCGGUGGCUAUCUGCCCCACGGCAUGGCUGCGGCCGCAGCGGCGGUGGCGGCAGUCGGAGGCGGAGCAUCCAAUGGCGGGGGAUUCACCAAGUCGGAGAGCUCCAUUGAUCUGUCGACGCCCGGCGGCACCGGCGACGCCCUCAGCGACUGUGAUUCGGGCAAGUCCUCGCCGGCAGCACUCUCCCUGAGCGCGGCCCGGGGACAGUUGCUGAGCCACAGCAACAGCCACAGCCACAGCCGGAAGCGGAACCCCUACUCCAUCGAAGAGUUGCUGAAGAAGCCGGAGAAGCGGAUGCGCCUCAAAGGCGAGUCGCAGGCGAGUCUGCUGGAGGGGAAGCGGCGGAGCGAGCACCUGGAGUGCCUCUCCUCCAGCUCGUGCGAGAGCAGCCAGGACGGCUCCUCCGACGAUGUGGUGCUGCAGACGAGUCCUCGCACCACCAUCCUCCUGCCAGAGGACACGAAGGUGGAGGACGAGCAGCAGGAAGAGGAGGAGGACUGCAGCGUGGAGGUCGUCAACUAAGAAGGAGGAGAGUCUCAAUGUCUC